AUGGAGUUCAUGAUCCAAGUACCUUUGAGUGGGGCGAUUGGCUGUUAUGGGAGCCAGAGAUGCCUGCUACUCGGCCCUUUGGGGGUGGAGGGAGAGGAGCGGGAGGGGGAAGGGGAAGAGGCCGGACGGCAGGUGGAGAAGAUAGAGGAGCGUGGGGAGGUAGAGGACCGGUGGGAGGAAGAGGAAGGAAUGAGGGAGGAGAAGGAGUUUUUCACGCCCCGCAUCAGAUGGAUGUGGAUGAACGGGGCGCUCUGGUCGAGAGGGGAGCGGAAAGCUAGCGCGAGAAGGUCUAAGAACAGAAUAACACAGUUGAACCGGGAGGAUGGCUCCGUUUGUACGGACAGGGAUGAGCUGGCCAACAUGGCAACGGAAUUUUAUGCAAACCUGUAUACAUCGGAGGGCACUAUUGGCAUGGAAGAGGUGCUAUCACAUAUACCAGUGCGGGUGGAUGGCACAAUGAACUCAAGGUUGAAUGAAACUUACAGCAAAGAGGAAGUAAAGGAAGCCCUCUUCCAAAUGUUUUCGACCAAAGCACCGGGCCCGGACGGUUUCCCCGCCCACUUCUUUCAGAAGCAUUGGGAACUUUGUGGGGAUGAGCUCGCGUCCAGGGCUGCUCUGUUCUUUCACACGGGCGCGCUGCGGCGGCGAUUCCCCACCGGCGAGAUGUCGACGGACGGUCUGGAGCUUAACGGAGUGAGGCUAGGGAAGGUACCUGAUGAGAGGGGCAUGAACCCGGACAGGAAGACGGCACUUGAGCUGUCUAUCCGUGCUUUUGCCGAAAAAGGUGAAGGGCAUGUCGUGAGUCCAAAAAUUGGCACGGAGUUUGACUCGCUGGACGAGGCGUAUGAGUUCUACAACGUAUAUUCAUGGGAAAUAGGGUUCGGUAUACGGCUGGCAAAGAGCAGGCUGAACGUGGAAAGAACAAGAUGUAUGCAAGAGAUUGUCUGUGCGUGUGCGGGGUCCCCGUUGAAGGAGAACAGCCGUUCUUCGAGGUGUGGUUGCAGUGCAAUGAUAAGGCUGCUCCGAUCAAAGGAUGGCGGUUGGUACAUAUCAGAGCACAAAGCAGGGCACAACCAUCCGCUUUCCAUUACAUGUGGACAGAAAAUGCAUUGGAAGUCGCAUAGGCAUAUAGAUAGAUACACCAAGGAUCUUGUGAAACAGCUCAGGGAUAAUAAUGUUGGCCUCGGAAAGGUUUUCAGCAUUAUUGGUAGCUUAUUUGGUGUCACGGAGAAUGUGCCUUUUACAAAGAGGUCGUUGAAGACAUUAUGCAAGAAGCUCAACAAGGAGCAGUCGGAUUUUGAUGCUGUCAAGACUAUGAACCUGCUUGGGGAGAUGAAAGCUAACGAUCCAGAUUUCAACUACACCGUGCAGGUCGACGAGGAGAGCCGCAUAAAGACACUUAUGUGGGUGACUAGUAGGGGGUGCGAUCAGUACAGGUGUUUCGGAGAUGCAAUAACAUUUGACACAACCUACAGGACAAACUUGUAUGAUAUGCCAUUUGGUCUCUUUGUCGGCGUCAACAACCACUUCCAGAGCAUAAUUUUCGGGGGAGCGAUGAUGAGAGACAAGAAAGAGGAAACAUUCAAGUGGAUCUUCAGGGAGUUUGUCCGUAUGGUGGGUGGGAAACACCCGCAGACAAUACUUACAGAUCAGGCACGCUCCAUGGAGCUGGCAAUCGAAGUAGAGCUGCCUAAUACCGUCCACCGUUGGUGCAAAUGGCACGUUUUGAAAAAAGCUAAGGAGUCCAUGGGUGUUCUUUGGAGCAAGAACAACGAAUUCAAACUGGAAUUUCACAAGCUUGUCCAUCACAUGAUCACGGAAGAAGAGUUUGAGGAGGGCUGGAGACAGAUGUUGGAGAAAUACUCUUUGAAGAAACAUCCUUUCUUGACGCAGAUAUAUGAGGUCAGGCAUAAAUGGGCGAAGGCGUACUUUAGAGGGGUGUUCUGUGCCAGGAUGACAAGCACUCAACGGAGCGAGAGCGCCAACCAUCUGUUGAAAGGUUACGUGCCGCCAGGGUGCCCAAUGCAUCUAUUUCUUAAGCAGUUUCAGAAACUGCAAUUUGACAGAGAGGCGGAGGAGAGUUUCCAGGAGAAGAGGACGUCCCUGAGCGGUGUGUGCCUCCGGGUCAAUCUUCCAAUUGAGAGGCAUGCUAGCAAAGUUUACACAAGAGCUAUGUUCGAAAAGUUUGGUGAAGAAUUGUAUAAGUGUGGGGCGCAUGUGUUGGAUGAGGUGGUGCCUAGGAGGGUUUAUAAGUCGACCCAUGUAGAAGCGGAAAAAAGGGAGAAAUGGAGCAAAGUUGAAUUCAAGAUAGAAGUGGAUGAAGACGAGAGUUUUUUCAGUUGCGAGUGCGGUUAUUUUGAACAUGCUAGGAUAGUGUGUUGCCAUGCAUUGCAGGUGAUGGUGCACUUCCGAUUGCAGAAAAUACCACAGAAGCAUAUACUUAAACGAUGGACGAGAGAGGCGCGUGACAUUCUUCCUGAUCAUUUGGUGAGGUAUCAGAGAGACAGAGGACCGCCAGCUAGUGACACAUUCAGACACCACACAAUGUACAUGAAAGCGCUUGAAUGUGUCGUGCUUGGAGACAGCAAUAUUAAGUGCUAUGAUGAAAGAGGUACAUGCGACUAUGCUUCCGCUAAGCAUUGAUAAAGAUGGAAUGGGGCUUGCAGAGAGAGAGAAACAGAAGCAGAAUGCAGUGCAGAAGGGCCAUGCACCAACGGAGGGCGAUACUGUGAUGCAAAAACUUACAGGAGACGGUGAAUCCAGUUGCUCUGCUGUUGGCCUGAAUGAGAAGAAGAGGCAGAGGGGGAGGCCGACAAACUGCAGGGACAAGGCUCCGUAUGAGCAGCAAGUUAAGAGGUCGCGGUUUUGCACUAUCUGCAGAGAGCAGGGGCACAAGUGUACAACUUGUCCCCAGCGAGGCAAUUUGCCGAAAGCUCCAAGGAAGUCGCCGAAAUGCACGAACUGUGGUGUCGUUGGACAUCGGCGCAAUACUUGCGGCACUAAGAAAACAGGCCCAUUUGAGCCGAACUUCCUGUAGGCGGUCUGAUUUGCCUUGCAUCUGUUCUGUUGAUUUAUCAUCUGUUUUUCCGAUGUUUUUCAGACUCUAUGUCAUGUAUGCUUGAAGUGAACUCUAUGAUAUGUGACCAGCAUUACUUAUUGCUGAAUGUAUCGUUUAGUAAAUCGGCUGGUGAUGAUGUAUGUUCAAGA